AUUCAUAGUGAGCCGCCAAAAAUGGUAGUGGAAACCUCAGUGCGCAUAGAUGAAAACAGUGAUUUGAUAACAUGUACAGUUAUGGACACUGAUGGCCGCCAGAAUCGUGCUCAGAUGCAUAUUUUUGUACAGUUUGGACCAAAGGUGAGUGUAGUUGCGGAACAAAUCUACGCGUACGAUGAUCUGUCAGCGGAAAUCCAGUGCAUCGUCUAUGGCUAUCCAGAACCACAGGUGGAAUGGUAUUAUCGCAGAUCAACGAAUGUAGCAAAACCGGAACGUCUUAGUGAUCCAGUUACCGUAAAGAAAACGGCACCAAAUCAAUACCUGUACACGCUUUUUGUAAGUCCAAAUAAUCAUUUUCGUAAAAACCACUUCUGCGAAACAUCUGAAUCAGCGAAAUGGAAAUGUCGCGAGUAUCAAAUCAAAGCUAUUCGCUAA